CAGCAUCACUCGUAGCUGCAUUUGUAGCUCUUUCAUUGGUGGUAGCUGCAACGCUCUACCUCUCCUUAAAGUCAAGGUAUAAUGAAGAGAUAAAUAAGAAGGUCGAAACGUUUCUCAAGGCAUAUGGCACAUCGAAACUCACAAGGUACACUUUCCCUGAAGUUAAGAAGAUAGCAAGACGAUUCAAGGAUAAACUAGGCCAGGGUGGAUUUGGAAGUGUAUACAAAGGCGGGCUACCUAAUGGAGUUCCUGUAGCAUUCAAGAUGCUAGAGAGCUCUACAGGAGAGGGAGAGGAGUUCAUCAAUGAAGUUGCAACCAUUGGACUGAUCCAUCAUGCAAAUAUCAUACGUCUCUUAGGCUUUUGCUCCGAAGGAAGAAGACGGGCUCUUAUUUAUGAAUUCAUGCCUAACGAGUCGCUGGAGAAAUACAUAUUUCCACAAGUUUCUAAUACUUCUCGACAACCCCUAGCAACCAACAAAAUGCUGGAUAUUGAUGUAGGCAUUGCCCGAGGAAUGGAAUACCUGCACCAAGGCUGCAACCAGCGCAUCCUCCACUUUGACAUCAAGCCACAUAACAUCCUGCUGGACUGCAACAUCAAGCCACAUAACAUCCUGCUGGACUACAACUUCAAUCCGAAGAUCUCGGACUUUGGCCUUGCAAAGCUGUGUGCAAGGGACCAAAGCAUCAUUACCUUAACUGCAGCAAGAGGGACUAUGGGAUACAUCGCACCAGAGCUAUACUCUCCAAACUUUGGAGGAGUGUCGUACAAGUCAGAUGUGUACAGUUUUGGCAUGCUUGUGUUGGAAAUGGUCAGUGGAAGGAGGAACUCAGAUCCAAGUGUUGAGAACCAGGAUGAGGUAUAUCUCUCAGAGUGGAUCUACGAGAAAGUAAUCAAUGGGCAAGAAUGGGAGCUUACUUUGGAAAUGACAGCAGAAGACAAGGAGAAGAUGAGACAGCUGACUAUUGUGGCACUGUGGUGCAUCCAGUGGAAUCCGAAGAACCGGCCAUCAAUGACUAAGGUGGUAAACAUGUUAACUGGGAGGCUUCAUAACCUGCAUAUUCCCCCCAAGCCCUUUGUGUCGUCUGAUAAUCGCCCCAUGCCACAAAACACGACGAACACAUGAACAUGCAUUGUGUGUGUUUUUGUGUGUAUCAUUACACGUUUGAGGGAACAUAACUCGGAUCUGCGUCGUAAAGCGUAAUGCCUUGCCACUAGCUUGCCCAGUGUUCGAUUACAUACUGAACUACAUGGGAUUCUGCAGUACUGCCAAUACUGCAUCUGUAUCUUACCAUAUUGUAAUGCUAUUAAUUAGAAACAUA